GGCAGUCUCCACGGCCAUGUGAUCCUGGGGCUGUGGGGACCCGUCGGGACAGCUAGGACAAGCGGGGGUCGCGAGCGUCCCUGGGAGGGGGCGGCAUGGAGCGGAGGUGGGUCUUCGUGCUGCUGGACGUGCUGUGCGUGCUGGUCGCCUCUUUGCCUUUUGUCAUCCUGACCCUGGUGAAUGCUCCGUACAAGCGCGGUUUUUACUGCGGAGAUGACUCCAUCCGGUACCCCUACCGUCCAGACACCAUCACUCAUGGACUCAUGGCCGGGGUCAUCAUCACAGCCACUGUCAUCCUUGUCUCUUCGGGGGAGGCCUACCUGGUGUACACAGACCGUCUCUAUUCACGCUCCGACUUCAAUAACUACGUGGCUGCCAUCUACAAGGUGCUGGGGACCUUCCUGUUCGGGGCCGCUGUGAGCCAGUCCCUGACCGACCUGGCUAAGUACAUGAUCGGCCGUCUUCGACCCAGCUUCUUGGCCGUCUGUGACCCUGACUGGAGCCGGGUCAACUGCUCUGGCUACGUGCAGCUGGAGGUGUGCAGAGGCAGCCCUGCUAACGUCACCGAGGCCAGGCUGUCCUUCUACUCCGGGCACUCCUCCUUUGGCAUGUACUGCAUGGUGUUCCUGGCGCUCUACGUGCAGGCCCGGCUCUGCUGGAAGUGGGCACGGCUGCUGAGGCCCACUGUUCAGUUCUUCUUGGUGGCCUUUGCGAUCUAUGUGGGCUAUACUCGUGUGUCCGACCACAAGCACCACUGGAGUGACGUCCUCGUCGGCCUCCUGCAGGGAGCCCUGGUGGCCUGUCUCACGGUCCGCUAUGUUUCAGACUUCUUCAAAUCGCGCCCGCCCCAGCCCUGCCAGGAUGAUGAGGAGCCAGAGCGCAAGCCCAGUCUGUCACUAACGCUGACCCUCGGUGACCGACCCUAGCUGCUAUGAGUCUCUUCCUGCUCUGGAAGCCAGGAAGCCACCUGUGGGCCAGUCAUGUCUUGGCCUCUUGGCCCUGAUGAGGCAGCUGCUCUGGGGUCCCGGCUGGUAACCGUGGACCAGGGUCUUGGGUGCCUGGCUGGCCCUGAGCGCGGGCAGAACCCAUUCUCAGCCUUCCUUGAGUGUCCCAUGGCCUCAAAAGAUGCGGUCGUGCUCUGAGCACUGCCUCCCAUCACCAAGUGGCUUUCGAGGAGGGCCACCCCUUCACGGCCCCAGGAAUGGACUGAUCUGAGACUGUUCUUCAUGAAGCCUGCACAUGAAGGCCCUGCAGGUGAUGAACACCUUGUUUCCCUGGGUGGGGCAGUUGGCCUUAGCCCUGGGCAGGGAUCACAGAUGUGAAGAGGGCUAGGAGCCCCUGCCUGCCUGGGAGCCCAGGUUGCCUGAAGGGUCCCAGGUGGCUUUUGGCUUGAAUCCUGUUCUCAAGCUGAAGGAAGAUUCCUGUCCGAAGCCUCCAAGGCCCCCUCCCUCAAGCUUGAUGUCCAGUCCUGCCCCCACUGCCCAUGUGGGCUAAACGCUUAGCCAGGCUUUGGAAGUGGGUCCUGGGUCUGCCAUCCCCAUCUGUUUCAAAACACUUAAAGUUACUGUUUCGCAGGAGUGUGAGUUAUAAACGUGUACCAACCGUC